AUGGCUGGUGCCUCAGAGGAACUGGCAAGUGCUAGCAUAAAAAGUGAUAAAGUGGCAGAAAGACAAAAGCAGGAAAAAUAUUGCUGCAGGACAGAGUACACCGGAGGCAGGAGACACGAUGCCGUCGGCUGGUUAGUGCUGUGCCGAGUCCAUGUCCUCCACCAAGCCAAGUACAAAGUGUGGUUUCAGAACAGACGGGCCAAGUGGCGGCGGCAGGAGAAGCUGGAGGUGACCUCUAUGAAGCUGCAGGACUCACCCAUCCUCUCCUUCAACCGCUCACCACAGGCGACACCCAUGGGUCCUCUCAGCAGCAACCUGCCCCUGGAGACGUGGCUCAGCCCGCCCGUGCCCAGCAGCACGGCCCUGCAGACCCUGCCUGGCUUUGUGGCCUCGCCACAGAGCCUGCCCGGCAGCUACACGCCACCGCCCUUCCUGAACUCUCCGGCCGUGACCCAUGCGCUGCAGCCCCUGGGGGCCAUGGGGCCACCGCCACCUUACCAGUGCGGGGCCACCUUUGUGGACAAGUUCCCCUUGGAUGAGGCAGACCCCCGCAACACCAGCAUCGCCGCCUUGCGGAUGAAGGCCAAGGAGCACAUCCAGUCCAUCGGCAAACCGUGGCAGACAAUCUGA